AUUCCACCUAGGAAGAAUGGCAGAUGCCUCAGGUCUGUAACUUGAGCUGCAAAACUUUUGUCUUCACUUUUUUUCCUCCAGGACGAGAAGAAAGCCCAGAAUUGGCCGAGAGGCUGAGUCACAAUACCGUGCGGGCCAAUGAGCUGACGCUUUACUUUCUGCAGUGAUUGCUGCUUCUGCUUUCUUACUUGGAAGACAGAACUAUUUGGUGUGUAUUUCUGCAGUGCCACGUGUAUAGUAACAGUGGUGAGAAGAACAAGAGCCUGAGGAGCUCCUGGGACAGAGGAGACACCAUGACAAUGCCGUCCUGCCCCGUGUUCAUUCUUCUUCUGCAGCUUCUGCUUCUCCUCCUUGGUCGUAUCCACUGUGAAAAUGAAGAAGAAAAGAUUAAAAUGGAAGUGACACAUCUGCCUAGUGUCUGCACGCAGAAGAGCAAAAGAGGCGACCUGGUGAACGCACACUAUGACGGUUACUUGGCGAAGGAUCUCUCUAAAUUCUACUGCAGCCGCUCAGAGAAAGAUGGCCACCCCAAGUGGUUUGUACUCGGAGUUGGACAAGUGAUCAAGGGACUUGAUAUCGCAUUGAUGGAUAUGUGUCCUGGAGAAAAACGGAAAGUCAUCAUUCCACCAUCCUUGGCCUAUGGAGAGAAGGGCUAUGACAAGAUCCCACCGAAUGCUACUCUGAUGUUUGAAAUUGAGCUAUUGGGAAUAAGCAAAGGACCGCGCAGUCUGGAGGCAUUUCUACAAAUCGAUUUGGACAAUGACAAAUUCCUCACCAAAGAUGAGAUAAGCCAUUACUUAACAGAAGAGUUUAAGAAAGAUGGGAAACAGCGGGAUCCUUCAAUGCAUGGACGGAUAUUAACAGAUAUAUUCCAUAAAAAUGAUCAUGACAAUGAUGGCCUCAUAUCAGUGCGGGAGUACAACGUUUAUAGGCACGAUGAGUUAUAGUAAAUUAUUUCCCUGCUUGUCCAGUAAUCUAUUAAUUGUGCGGUUUUACGGAAGAAGAAAAUAAACCUGUAUUGCAGUUUCAGCCUAAAUCAAUAUUGGGAUAAUGCUAUGAUAUUUGGUGCCGUUAAAGGGGUUGUCCAACCUUUACUAAGUGAUACCCUUUUCUCAGGAUAAGCCAUCACUAGCUGAUUGGCCUGCACUCCCACCUAUCAGCUGUUUGGGUGUAUCUCCAUUGGCGGAAGUUUGAACCGGAACUACUCAUUAUUACAGCAUUGUUCCCAUUGACUUCAGUCAGCUAGAGGAUUGCCUAGUGAUAACCUAUCCACAGGAUAGGCCACCACUAGCCGAUUGGCUCGUACUCCGGCCUAUCAGCUGUUCGGGUGUACCGCCAUCAUUGGAAGUCGGCACCAAACUACUCAGCACCUUCAACCUUGUGGUGGAGGGAUCUCAUUACUACAGCGCUGCUCCCAUUGACUUCAGUCAGCUAGAUGGUUGGCUAGUGAAUACCUACCCUGAGGAUAGGCCAUCACAUAGUAAUGUCCCAUUUACAAACUAUUCAAACUACUGCAGUGAUUUGAGAAUUUGUUAGAACUAGUAUCUGAUGGACUUUCACAUCUGAGCAAUCAUCAUUCAUAUGCCACUAUAUUAUGUCAUUACAUUAAGGUUCCCAAUAUGAAUGUUGGAAAAUAAUUGUCAGUACCACUACAAUUAAUUGUCAUUUUAAAAAUUCUUGCUAUGUGUUAGGGUUCUUCACUUGUUCAGUUUUACUGCCUGUAGAAUACUUUUAUUCUUUCACGUUAGACUUAGCUAUACUGAACCUUCUAUUUAUCAGUCUUACAAUAAAGCGAUACAUCCAUUGUAACUUUUUAAAUCACACAUUAACAACCUAUAUGUGAAUAUUCUAUGUAAUUUUUUAUUUUAAUUUUCUUAUUACAAAAAAAAAUGGGUGGAUGGCUUCCUGGAUCUAAUGUUUUUGAAGACACUUCAUGUAUUCUACUUCCUGACCAGAGUCUUCAUCUUCCUCUUUGUUUGGUAGACAGUUUUGCCUAACUCUCUCAGUCAGGCCAUCGCUCUGGCCAGAAAAGGGGUGGGGGGUGACUCAGCAGUAAACUGCCAAUGGAUAACCUACGUAGGAGGUUUAAUUGUUUUGACUGCUACAGAAGGACAAUAUUUUGUAUUCAAUUAUUUACAGAGUUUUCCAAAACUUUACUACUGAUGACCUAUCCUCUAGGUAAUUAUUAUCUGCUCAGUGGGGGUCCGACACCAGGGAGCCCUGCCAAUCAGCUGUUAGAGAAGGCACCAGCGCUCACAGCCCGCAGCCUUCUCUCAGC